UCUCUUUUAUAAACAAAAAACCUAAUAAAACUCCUUGCAUCACUUUCUCAUUCUCUCUCACACUAUCAAACAAGAAUAAUAGAAGCCACUUAUUUUUAAUAGUCUCAUCUCUCUCCUCAUGUUUUCUCUCUUUCAAAAAAAAGGAAACAUUUCAUUUAGUGGGGUUUGAGUUAUUUGGAUAUUCAUACACUAUACUUUAAGCUUCUCAUUUUUUGUUUGAAAAUUAUUCUUAGGAUUCUACAAGAAAGAUGACAUGAAGGAUCCCUGAGAGUUAUUUUUUUUCUUUUGGAGUGAUGCAAUGUUUCUGUGGCUUGAUUUUGUAAAUUUUCUUUUUUUAAAAAGAAAUAUUUUGAUUUUCUCUCCUUCUCUUUAAAGAAAAAUGAAACACAGUGUCAAUCGGGGAGUGAAAACCUAAUUAAGGUUUUCGGGGUCAUGAUUGAUACUGUGUUUGUUUAGAUAAACAUGUAAACAACGCCACUACUAGAAUUUUGAGUUUAUGUGUUCUGAAUUUUAAGAAAAGGGAGCUUUUUGUGUUCUGAAUAAAUUAUUUAUACCUAUUAAGCAAAAAAUUUAAUAUAAAUACAAAAUUUGGAUCCAAAUUACUGGAUUCGGCGAGAACUGUAGCUCCUGCAUGUGAGUAGACUGUUCUUCUAUUUCUUUUUUCUAAACAAAAUGGAAAGGAAUAUUGGAGAGCCUAUUGAUGAUUGGAAUUCUCAAAUUGUUGGAAAUUUGGACUCAGAAACAAUGUUAGAUUCUCAAGAAAGUGAUGCAAAAGUUGAAGAAAGAAGUGGAAAUGCAGAAAAUGGAAGUUUAUUUCCCAAUAAUAAUAAUAAGCGCGGUAGCAUUGCGGAGCGUCGGGCAGCAAAAUGUGGUUUCAAUGCUUCCACCAUUAGUAUAGCCCAGUUUAGGGUUACAAGUACAAGUACGCCGGAGAUGUCGCCGCCAACGGCUCGGCCAACUUUUCUGACAAUACCUCCGGGACUAACUCCGGCAGCAUUGCUUGACUCUCCUAUUAUGCUUCCAAAUUCACUGGCACCACAAUCUCCAACCACUGGAAGCUUUCACUUCUCCAAUAUCAAUCAAGAAAACACAAUGAAGACUACUCAGAUAGCAAGAGAUCAUUUUGAAUUCCCAGUGGAAUCUCCAAAAGCGACUGCCUUAAAGAACUGCAGCCUAGAAACAAAUGUUGGACAAAACAUGAGCUGCAUUGGCUUAACAAAUAUUCAUGAGUCAGGAAAUUGCACCAGAAGAGCAAACCAAUAUGAGCAAAGAAGUGCAGUGGCUGGUAAUAAUAUUACUCCUAACGGUUCAGAUGAUGGAUACACUUGGAGAAAAUAUGGGCAGAAACAUGUAAAAGGGAGUGAAUUUCCAAGGAGUUAUUACAAAUGUACUCAACAAAAUUGCCCUGUUAAGAAAAAAGUUGAACGUUCUACGGAUGGACAGAUAACAGAAAUUGUGUACAAAGGUGCACAUAAUCAUCAUAAAUCUCAACCUCCUCGACGUGCAACGAUGAGUUCAACUGCCUAUGGUUUGGGAGAAAUGAGUGAAGGAAAUAUUGGUGGAUCGAAUAGUUGGACAAGUGUACAAUUCGGAAGAAAUAAGGAUGCUAGAGCUCCUUCAGGUCUGGACAGAACAUCCUCUGCAUCUGUUUUGACAGAGGCUUCUGAUCCAUUAAUGUUAAAUUAUCAAAAGACCAAUAUGAAUGCGUUUGAAUCAGCUACUCCUGAGCCUUCUUCUACACUUGCUAGUCGUGAUGAUGAAGACGAAGAUAGAGCUACUGAAGGGAGCACUUCACUUGGUGAUGAUGUUGAUGAUUAUGCAUUUGACCAUAAAAGAAGGAGGAGAGAAUUUUACUCAACUGAAACGAGUUUAUCGUUGAGGACAGCAAGAGAACCAAGAGUAGUUGUCCAGAUAGAGAGCGAGAUCGAUAUUCUUGAUGAUGGCUAUCGCUGGAGAAAAUAUGGCCAAAAAGUUGUUAAGGGAAAUCCAAAUCCCAGGAGCUAUUACAAAUGCACAAGUGCAGGAUGUCCAGUAAGAAAGCAUGUGGAAAGGGCUCCAGAUAACCUAAAAUCAGUCAUCACAACAUAUGAAGGAAAACAUAACCAUGAAGUUCCUUCUACAAACAAGACAAACUGUGCUAUUUCUGGAAAUCAAGCUUUAACUUCUACUUCAAAACCCCAUAAAGUUUCCAAUUCAGGAAUGCAGGUUCAAGAUUGUAACUUCCAAUUCAAUAAAAAGCCCUUUGAUUAUGUAAGGCCAAGUUUUGUUGACUUAAGAUUUGGAGCUGCUUCAUCUAUAUAUGACUUGAAAUUCCCAACUAAUUUACACAACCCUUUGUCCUACGCUUCUUUCCUUUUGAGCCCGAAUCCUUUGCAGAUGCCUGAAUUCCCAUUGCCAAUGAGUCUUCCCUUUGGCCCUAAUAUUGUGCCUCCUCUUGGUGGAUUUCAUUUUAAUGAUCUUCCAUUAACACCAAAUGGUGUGUUUUCUAUUGCUGGUGAGGAUGAAAAGUAUAUUCACGACAACAACAACAACAAUAACAAAAGUUCGAGACUAGUCAAAGGCAAUGAAGAUAUCAAGAAUGAAAAUUUGUGUGAUCAUCAAGAUGGAGCAUCAUCUGCAGUAUUUUGUGGCCAAAUUAUGGACAAUUUUCCAUCUUAAAAGAGCUUAAUUGACACUGGUCUUUGUUUUUCUAGGCUCUCUAAAGAGAUAGCAUGUUACAAAAAAAAGGGAUGAGUGGGUGGUCUUCAACAUAUUUUCAUAUUUUUUGCUAGAUUAUCUGAUCUUUAGUUUCAGAUCAUCAUCCUUUUUUAUUUCAUGGAACUACCUGUAAAAAUCUUUUUUCCAAUUUUCAUGUUUUUAAGGAA